AUGGAACUUCAACACCAACAGUCAUGCGUGCUAGCCGCGGAUGUUCCAGCUUCACAUCAUACACCAGAUGAGGUCAGUUCAUCACGGAACCGAAGUGCUCUACAGGAACGAUCCGCCAACUGGCCUCACGAAUACACAAAUACAUCUGAUUCACCACGGCUCAAGAUAUCACGCAGCCCAAGCCCAACCGAAAACGUCUACGCAAGACAGUCUCUGGUGGGCGGAAACUAUUUCACAGGCAAUGUUCACGCGCAGCACAAUGGACUGGUGGGCUUUGGAGUCGAGAGGCCCGAAAAGCAGAUCAGAUAUGAACUCGAGAGACUAUACAAGAUGCUUCGUCGAUCGGACAAGUAUCAAAAAUACAGGGAAAAGCAGCCUGUCUUGACACCCGCCGAGUUCAUCGCGAGAGAAGCCGCAGAAGCCGCAGAGAAGAAGGCUGCAGAGCAACGGGGAGCUCCAAAGGAUGAAAAAGAGAAGAGCGUCUGGCCCGAAUUUCUCGAGCAUGCGUUUUGGAGAGCCUUGGUCAAAUGGCCGCCCAUGGGUCGUAAGAAGUAUAUGCUCGAUAGCCAACUACGGGGCCGAAACGAACUCAUCCAAUACUCCAUCUAUAGAGAUACAGGCAUUAGACGCUGUCGGAAACAGGUUUCCAGCCAUCUUCAGGUGUUGAAACAACAUCUCAAGGAUCAACCUGCUGUACUCGUAUAUAUGGCCUUGAAGGAAGAUGACAAGAAACGACAUCGUGUGAAUGAUUCCUCCCACGCAUAUCAUACGGCGCAUCUGCGUGGUCGCCAUCACCCGCAACGCACGGCCUCUGCAGCCAAAUAUGGAUAUGACACGGAUAGCCCACACACAUGGCCUCAAUUUGGUGCAUUGCCAUCUAAUCUGGAAUUAGGUGCUGGAAUUGGGGCCAAAUCGUCUUCCUCGCCUUACGAAGUGACGGACUUCACAAUGUUGGUCGAAGAAGAUGAUCAGCCAGUGCACUACUUCACCAGUCUUCAACCGAAUGGCCGGUCCAGGGACUUGAACGUCAGGGACACGGUCUCCUGGCGAAGUCAGUACCCUGAGUUUGAUUUCCUACAAUCAGAAGUAAGCCACUGGUCACAGACAGAUCGAAAGGUGUUGGUGUGCGACGCGUCCAUCAAGAUCAUGACAGAAGCAAUACCGAAUGCUAACCUCUCAAUUACCUUCAACUUGCAAUCACAAGUUGACCUCUCCAUGUUCGAGGCUCUCGAAUGUACGACUCGCUUCUAUGAUAGCGGAGACAUUGCGCCAGACCCCCAGUUCGACGGCGCGCAUGCUCACGAUCUCAAAGAACACCGCACACCAUGCGACUACGCCCCCGAUCCCCAUGGUUCGUCUGGUCGCCUAAGAAUUGCAUUCGGUUCGCGAUUCUGGGUGAAUCGGAUGCUCAAGUAUCAGAGUCUCCGGCAUAAAGAUGAAAACUGCGUUAAGCGAUCACUGCUGCGAUUGACGGCUACACAAGACGUGUAUGGUAUCGAACGGGGUACCCACAAGGCCCAGUGUGUACUCACCAUACUCUGGCGCUUUGAACAAACUCGCAGCACCGCCGAAGUAGGUAGCAUGAAAUGGCGCCCCGUCAGCUUCAAUAACUGCCAGAACUCGCUGGACCAGAAAUGGAUCAAGGAAGACCACCAUACAGCGCCUCGCUUGAAUAUCGCCGACACUACCACAGACUCCAUGGACGGCCUUGUCUCCCUUCCGGUCGAAAACUCGCUCUACCACCCUUCGAGCCUCCCACUAGACCCCUACAGCACACAUCACUUCGCCGUCCAGCCCUCGCACCACAACCAGAACCACAACCAACCCCAACUCUCCCUCGACAUCCUCGCCUCCAUGCAACAACCAGACCUGGAGCACCACUCGGCGUCCGCACCCAAUACCGCUACCGGCACAGACUACUCCCAGGGCAGUCUACCCAGCAGUCUCUGCCACAGCCAAGAUGCCAUUGCAAGUUCAAGCUAUCCGCACGACGCCAACGACUUUGAUUUCAACGGCGGUCACAUUACCAUCUCCGGCGCAUUUGAACCAAGUAUCAAUCUCGGAGCUUACGACGCGUUUGGCACAAACGCAGAAUUGGAUGGCCUGCACGCUCUUGCGGGCCUCGAACACGACCACGACAGUUUUGCGGGGCUGGGGCUCGCGGUUGGCGAGAAUGGAGAGCUGAUCUCUGUACCGAGGGACGAUGGAUUGGGCGUGGGUGUUGGUGUGGGAGGAGGCGUAGUCGGCAUAGAGAGCUGCUACUCUACCAAGCCGAAUUGGCACCAUUCGAAUCUGAUUUCGUCGCUGGAGAAUGCGGCGGAGAGUUAUCAUCAGGCUUCCUAUCACUCUGGUCAUGGCCACAACCACUCGCAUAACCACAACCACAACCACCUCGAAGCAACCCCCGGCCACGAGCUCCUCCGCAACACCAACGUAGCCGCACCCGUACCCGUGCAUUCUUCGUACCCGGCCGUCCACGCCACCGAAGACCUCGUCGCGCAUGGCCUUCACGACGCCCAUGUCAAUGUCCAUUCUGGGCUAUGGAACCUGGCUAGCCCGUUCCAUGAGGAUACGGGUAGUGGGGCUGUGGGAGGGGUCAUGGGGGGUGCCGAGGGGGGAAAAGGGAGCGGGCUGGGUAUGGGGGUGUUGGAGCUGAUUGAGAGGGAGCAGGGGAGGGGUUAUUGA